UGACAACUGAGGCCCGAGAAAGAGAGCCCCUGUCUGAAUUUGGGACCUAUGUGAGAAAGCUAAUCCAUAGAGAGAGAGAGAGAGGAUGGAGCGAGGGAGAUUGAAAUCGAUAUCUAUCUGAAAAAAGAAAGCAAAUUUCUGUUCUCCUUUUCCUCUUUUGAAACUUCCAAGCCUUUUGAAAGUCAAAGACCCCUUUGUUAUCCUGUCGAUUUGCUCUGUAUCAAGAGUUGGGUUUUUCUUGUGGCCAGCACACUUCAGAAUUUCUAUUUACUCUCUUAAUUAAAUAAUCGAAGCUUGAGUUUCAUUCAUUACAGAGGCUUGUUUGAUUGAGAAUUGGAUUCUUGAUACUUGGAAAAAACUGGGUGGCUAAGGUUUUGGGAUUUAAUCAACUGAAUAAGGUUUUGUGAAGUUGUGGGUUUGAAUAAAAAUGGCGUCUGGGGUUGAAUUUGGUGAAGAUAGUGACAGUAAAGGCGGUAUGUGGGUUUUGGAGCAGAAGCUUGAUCAGCCUAUGGAUGAAGAAGCAGGAAGACUUAAAAAUAUGUAUAGAGAAAAGCUAUCUCUGCGUCAGUUUGCUGUAAGUCUGGGAGUGGUAUAUGGAGACUUGGGAACAUCUCCUUUGUAUGUGUUCUACAAUACCUUUCCUCAUAAUAUAGAUGAGCCGGAGGAUGUGAUUGAUGAGGAGCUCACAACUUAUAGCCGUAGCACAUUCCAUGAGCAUUCUUUUGCUGCUAAAACGAAGAGGUGGCUUGAGGCACACGCAAUCAGAAGAACUUCUCUUCUUAUACUCGUACUUGUGGGGACUUGCAUGGUGAUUGGUGAUGGGAUUCUCACACCAGCUAUUUCCGUCCUGUUUGUAUGUAAUCCUUAUUCCUCAAGUUUUCCGCUUCUGUUCAAGCCUUUGUUAACCAAAAUGCAUGUCACAGUUCUUUCUGCUUCUGGCGGGAUCAAGGUGGACCACCCAAAGAUGAGUAAUGAUGUGGUUGUACUUGUUGCAGUAUUCAUAUUAGUCGGUUUGUUUAGCGUGCAACACUAUGGAACGGAUAAAGUUGGUUGGUUAUUUGCUCCCAUUGUAUUGCUUUGGUUUCUAAUGAUUGGUGGCAUCGGCAUUUUCAACCUUUAUACAUAUGAUACCUCGGUUCUCAGAGCCUUUUCGCCUGUAUACAUAUAUCGCUACCUUAAAAGAGGCACGAGAAAACGCUGGACUUCUCUUGGAGGAAUAAUGCUUAGGACUGAAGCACUUUUUGCCGAUCUUGCUCAUUUCCCAGUUUCUGCUAUACAGCUUGCUUUUACGGUAGUUGUGUUUCCUUGUCUUCUUCUAGCCUACUCUGGUCAAGCAGCGUACCUUAUGGAAAAUCAAGAGCAUGCCACUAUAUCCGCCACUUUUUCAAUAAUCAAGCAAGCCCUUGCUCUCGGCUGUUUCCCGAGGGUCAAAGUUGUGCACACGUCCAAGAAAUUUCUCGGGCAGAUUUAUAUUCCCGACAUAAACUGGAUCCUCAUGAUCCUUUGCAUUGCUGUAACUGCUGGGUUUAGAAACCAAAGCCAAAUCGGCAAUGCAUACGGUACAGCUGUUGUGAUCGUGAUGCUCGUGACGACCCUUCUAAUGACUCUGAUAAUGCUACUCGUGUGGCACUGCCACUGGCUCCUCGUCCUUCUCUUCACCUUCUUCUCCCUUUUGGUCGAGUGCACUUACUUCUCGGCCGUGCUUUUUAAAGUUGACCAAGGCGGGUGGGUCCCGCUCGUGAUUGCAGCCGCUUUCCUAAUCAUCAUGUACGUGUGGCACUACGGCACGGUCAAGCGGUACGAGCUUGAGAUGCACAGCAAGCUCGCGAGUGGGGUCCCACACAUAUUCUCCCACUUCAUCACCAAUCUGCCCGCUAUCCACUCAGUUGUAGUCUUCGUCUGCGUUAAGUAUCUCCCGGUGUACACAGUCCCCGAGGAGGAGCGUUACCUUGUUAAACGAAUAGGCCCGAAAAACUUCCACAUGUUCCGUUGCGUGGCCCGAUACGGGUACAAGGACCUUCACAAGAAGGACGAUGAUUUCGAAAAGAAACUGUUCGACAAUCUUUUCACGUUCGUACGACUCGAGUCCAUGAUGGAAGGGUGCUCGGAUUCGGACGAGUAUAGUAUAUACGGAAGCCAUCAGACACACCAGUCGAGAGAUUUCUUGUUGAAUGAGAGGAAUAAUAAUGGGCCCACGUCAAAUUACGACGAUGACCUCACGAUCACCGAGUGUAGGAAUGCUGGGUUGGUCCACAUCAUGGGGAAUACGGUGGUGCGGGCCCGGAGGGACUCGGGGGUUUGUAAGAAGGUUGCGGUCGAUUAUGUGUACGCGUUUCUUCGGAAGAUUUGCAGGGAGAAUAGUGCUAUAUUCAAUGUGCCUCAUGAGAGCCUCUUGAAUGUUGGGCAGAUUUUCUUUGUAUGA